AUGGCUUCCACACGCGAGGAGCGGCUGCAAAUGCGACAGCGCGGAGCUGGCACGCGCAAAAUUAAAGAAGUCGAUUUUGGAUUCUCCUUUGGAGGACCCGCAAACGAGGCCUCAGAUGCGGCAGCAUUUCCCCUGAUCCCUGAAUCGACAGCGCCGUCGCAAACACACAUCGCGCCGACCACCGCGACGCCAGCGCCGAAAGCUCCCUCACAGUCGCAUUCGCAUGCCCAGCAGAAGUCUGGGCGCACACCAACCAGUUCGCGCAAUCACCUUCCCGAACGACCAUCGGAAUAUGACCUACCUUCGGACGACCCGCCUAUCCAGCCGUCUAGCAGUAAACGAAGGAGACUCAACCCACCUACUCGGACAGAUGAUACACCAUCCUGGGCCCAGCCGUCGAAAUCAACAAAAGAUGACUCGAUAACAACACAGACUGGUGAGGAAGCGACCCCGACAAGGUCUGUGUCGCAAGCCGCCGUCCCAGACCCCACGACGAACAGAAUAGGACACAAAAAUGAGGUUUCGAGCACCAAUGGACUAGCAAAAUCCACGCCCGGUAUAUCCGAGCCUUCGCCAAACAGCGCGACAAUACUUGCUCGAACGCGCCCGGCGAUGGCCCCAUUGCCUGCAUCCCGGCUGGUGAUUGAGCCAACUCAACCCGCGAGGCAAAUGAAUCAGGGUCAGUCACCAGCUGAAACGAUCGAGCCAACAACCGAGCCGGCGAAAGAGAAUGAAGCACGACCGAGAAAGAAUGCCCCACGAAAUUCUACGUCACCAAGUGUUGAACUGGGUGAUAAUUCUAAGACACAAGCCAUACCCCGGCCUGAUAGCUCGACAAGACUCUCCGAAGACAACCAAACUCAUAUAUCUGAUGCAGGCAUUAAGACGGGGCGAAGGGGGGUGAAGCCCGAUCAGGGUGCUGAUACAACCGAAAGCCCUAGGACCACCAAGAAUAGGCCACCAUCUAGGGAUGGUCCAAAAUCUCGGCGUCCCCGGGCACGCCAAGUCAACAGCAAUACUUCUCCAAUACAGAACACUGAAGAUACGGUGCCAGAAACGGAACCCAAACGACAAGACGAGGCCGGCAGUGUCGAAGCGCAGGCGACUACGAAGGCCAAGCGAACUCGGGGUACACCACCCCUUACCAGCAAAAGAGCGCACGCAACCAAGAGCAAAGUCCGACCACAGCAGCAAAGAGAACCCAUUCGGACAGAACCACAGUCAUCCAAUACUAAACGUCGUCGGGGGGCGCCGUCGCUUGCUCAAGAAACACCCGAUACGACGGUGUCUCAAGAACAACCAACGAGCCGAAUUGAACCCACAAGCUCUGAAAACCUACCACCUAAACCGACUCAACAUCGGGGACGCAAGCAGGACAAGAAGCGAGAGGCACAGGCAGAACCGGGAGCUGAGACUGAACUCGAGCCGGAAUCUCAGCCCCAACCAGACACUGAGGGAGAUCUCGCACCAGAAACCGAAAGUGCGUCAUCCAAGUCUCGCGGAAGACGAAGUAAGAAAUCGAAGCGUGCAGCGGAUUCAGAAAGAACGCCAUCGGAAGAGCAGCCAGAUCCUGAAGCCACCCAAGAAUCGAAUCGGAAGGCUAGAGAGCCUCGAGGCGAAACCGUCCCCGUUACUGUCCGUCGUCUUUCCAACCCUGCCGCUUUGGGUGCGCCAUAUGCUUCUGCGGAUGGAUCUGGCGGUGAUGACGAGGGAUCUGCCGACGAGCUCUCCCUUGGCCAGAAGACUAAAUUGCCCAACCGCGGGGGCGUCAACCCGGCAGAUGUCUUAGGCCAGAUUUGUCGCGAGACACUGGAGAAGACUCUUGCAACACUGAAGAACGGGAUUGCCAACGAGACGAAUCCUCAAAAGCGGGCGGAGUGGACGCGCAAGCGCAGAGCUGUCGAAACCUUCGGAUCUGAAUUGGAUGGCCGUCUAUUAGAUCUGAGCGAGAUGUUGGAUAGCAACUUUGUACUGGGAGUACAACUCAAGAAGGCGAAACGAGACAUGAUGGACCUACGGAGCCAGCUGUACAAGGUCCGGCGGGAACGUGAGACUGUCGCUUUGCAGAUGGAUGCCGUACGCAGCAAGCACAUGGAAGAAGAACAGGCAAAGAUGUCCCGUACCACCAUAAACCACUCGCUUCACAGCCUGGAAUUAGCUCUCGAUCGCAGCCAACAUGGUGCCGCAUCCGGCUCCGACCCGUCUUCUGCCGAUCUCGAGUUUCUACUUCGUACCGUUGCUGACGAGGUGAGUUCUCGAGCGCCCGGUGCACAAGGGGGCUUGCUUCACCAAAUUCGCGCCUUCAAUCACCAACUUGAGACUACUGCACGCGCUCUCGAGAGGUCAUGA